AUGAAAUCUAAUAAAGUCGAAGAAGUAAUUUCAUUGAAUGGUCAAUUUGACGAGACUGGGCCAUACGUAUUACGAAAUCUCUUGACGGGUAUUCCUUUAUCUAUCGAAGGAGCAAGGGAUGAAGUUCAGAUCAAUUGUGUAGAGCUUUUAGAUCACAAUCUCUAUGUCGGUACUUCGUCUUCCGAACUGUUACACUUUGUGCGAAUUCCGUGCGAUCCCGACGUAAAUGUUGGAUCACCUUCUUACAUACUUGCCUCAAGAUUACCUCCUGAAUUCCACGAUGUCCCGAACGAGACACGGCCCGGUGUCCAACAGAUUCUACUAUUACCGAGUGUCAACAAGGCCUGUAUACUUUGCAACUCAACCGUUACAUUUUAUUCACUUCCAGAACUUAGCCCUGCAUUUGGAACUACCCAGAUACGGCAGUGUAGUUGGAUUGGAGGCGUGGACUUGAAUAUAAACCCUAAAGAAGGUUCGUCAGAUGGCAAGCCUCCAUCUUUGACCAUUCUUGCUUCCUUAAGCAAAAAGAUAAGAGUUAUCAGAAUCAGCGAGACUCCCCGCGGAUUGAGAUCAAUUGAUUUUUCUGGAAGUGUGAUUUCCGUACGUCGAGACUCAUAUGCAUGUGUUGCUGAUACACGGUCUUAUGCUCUCAUUGAUGUUGAUCGCUUGCUCAAGAUACCUCUAUUUCCCAUAUCUUCACUAGAUGUAUCUCAACCUGAAAAAGGUAACGUUAGUCAGGAAAUCCUGGAAGAACAGAAAGCUUGCGUUCCCAAAAUAAUUUCUUCAGCACAGGUGGAAGCGGCAGAAUCUCAACUCACUCAAAAAAAUGCUCAGAGUACGAACUUAGAUGUCACUUUACAGAAAAGCGUAGGCAAAAAAUCACCCCAUAGUUCUGUCGACGAUAAUUUUCACGAGGAUCCUCAAAAUAGUUUCUGUCGAGAAACCACACUUAAUACGCCGACCGCUAGCCAGUCGAAACCUUCUUUGAUCAAAAAUAUCAGCCCAAGUCUGCUGCCAUCACAAUUAUUGACAAUAUUGAAUCAGGAUAAACCAUCUCACGCAUCUACACCAUCAAUUUUCCUCAAGCCUCACAUUGUAUCUCCAACACCGCAGGAAUUUCUUUUGGUCACAGGUACUAGUCCUUCCGACCCAGGCGUCGGCAUGUUUGUCAACCUAGAAGGUGACCCCACUCGUUCCACCCUUGGGUUUGAGCGAUACCCAGAUGACAUUGUCGUAGACGGACGAGGAGUUAAAGUAGGAAAAUCCCAGGCCAUGGCUAGUUCUGACGACGAAGGCUUUUUACUUGCGUCUAUGAUUCGACACACCGAUAAAAUUUCACGUGGAAUUGAAAUUCAGCGUUGGGAUAUCGAUGCUGAUGAGGCUAACAAAGAUAAAUUCUGGCUAGAGGUUCCAACAACUUCAAGAGAUAAUUCUAGUCUAGGCUUACGGCUAGUAAUUGAUUCAGAGGUCUUACACUUCAGUGAUGUGGUCGAAAAGCUUAGAUUAUACCGCUUUCGACCAAAUGGUCACAAACCAAGAAUGGGUAUUUCAAAUCCAUACUUAAAUACUUCAGAUUUGCAGACAGGUGAUUCUUCUAGUAAUAUUUCAAUGAAAAUUCCAAUCAUCAAAGAAUGUGAUACGGUUUUGGAAGAGUGGGAGCUCAAAAGAAUCGAGGAAGAAGGUCAACUUGCCAAUCGACUAGCAGGCUCCAGAUCCCAAAUUGUUGUUUGGUCAGGAGAUAAUAUUUGGUGGGCAGUUAGGAAUCCUUUAGUCCUACGUCUAGACGCUAGACUUCCAGAAAUCACAUCGAUCUCUAGCCUUAAUAAACAGGCAAACCCUUCCAUAAACAGAUCACUACUUAUUGAUAUAAUCAUGUCUCUUAGUGGACGUGAGGCGAAAACAGAGGCAGAUUAUAUAAGCCUUGGAUAUAUACGACAGAAAGCUGGACUAUUACUUUUCCUAAAUAGCGCUUUCGCUUUAGACUAUAAACCAACAAAAGCUGAAUAUAAAAUUGCAGCUGAAGCUCUUAUACAGGGUGGUCUAGAUCCUCGAGUUCUUCUUGCUACUAUCCCUUACCUUCGAGACGAAAUAAUCGAGACUAAGAAAGGUAUAUGGAUUUGUAAUGGUAUCAAAAAUAUUGUUGAAAAUUUUAUUGCUGAUUUUGGGUCAAUAAAUGCGGAUGAAAUUAGCUUUGGUAGUAUUUCUAACGAGAAAGAGGUUUUUAGCACUGUCGAUGCCUGUCUCUUGGCUGUGCUGCUUAAGCUUGAUGUUUUAACUUCCCCAGAAACUCAUGAGGAGAAUUCGGUUCAAGAAGAAUUGUACAGGCUAGUUGAUCACGGAGUCGAUUGCUUUGAAAGAGCCGUUAAACUCCUUGAAUCUUAUAAUCGUCUUUAUGCUCUAAGUCGCUUGUAUCAGAGUCGCAAUAUGAACGAAAAAGUUCUUAGUACUUGGCAGAGAAUAAUAGAUGGUGAACUCGAUGAAGGAGGUGAAUUUACGGACAGUGUCAAAAAAUUCCAGGCGUAUCUAAUCAAAAGCCAAGACAAAUCAUUAAUUCUCAGAUAUGGUGGCUGGCUAGCAUCUCACAGCCCCAAACUCGGAGUUCAAGUAUUUGACGAAGAAAAAAGUCAUGUAAAAUUCGAAAAUGACCAAGUCAUUGAAAUUCUGCGGAAUAGGGCUCCCGAUGCGGUCAAAGAAUAUCUCGAACUCCUAGUAUUUCAGAGACGCCUCACAAAGUAUAUAGAUGAGCUGAUUUCACAAUACCUGAAAACUAUUUUGCAAAAACUGAAUAACUCAAAUGAUAUAAGCUUGAAACUAGAGCAGAGCUACCAGAAUUACCGAGCUCUCCGACCUCCUAAACCAUCAUAUCGUCAAUUCAUCGUAGAAAAUUUGAUAGAGGAAGAUUGGUGGGCUUGUCGAAUAAAACUUCUACAGCUGCUAAGCGGGAACCAAGGCACACCAUCUACUUAUGACACACACGAAAUCCUUGUUCAAAUAGCGCCUUUUGCUGAGCAACUAGUUCCUGAAAUAAUUAUCCUUAAUGGGCGACGAUCUAAUCAUGAAGAGGCUAUACGGCUACUUUCACAUAGCCUAGGAGAUUAUGACACAGCUAUUAACUAUUGUCUAUCAGAGGGCUCGAGUAUCUAUUACCCUAAUGCUGAUGCGACGAUUAACGAUGAAAUACCGUCACAAGAAAAGCAGGCAGGGCUUUUUCGUAUUUUAUUAUUAGAGUUCCUGAAAAUAGAAGACCUAAGUGAUCGUGUAGAGCAAACAAGCAAUCUACUAGAAAGAUUCGGUGGCUGGCUUGAUGUUGAACAUGUACUCGAAUUAAUACCAGACACUUGGUCGGUUGAUAUUAUCUCGGGGUUCCUUAAAAUUGCGCUAAAACGUAUCGUAAGUGAAAGAAACGAAUCCAUGGUUGUUAAGGCCCUUAGUGCUGCAGAAAAUCUCAAAAUAGAUGCAGAGAUUUCUGAGAAACUAAAAAUAAAAAAGGGUUUAAUUGAAACAUGA